CGUCGUUUCUAGCUAUGCUUUAAGACGUCGGAAGUGUCCGAAGCUAAAGUCCACGUGGGCUAUAAUUAGUGGUUCAUAUAGAGUGAACUACGAAACUCUCUCGCUUCAGUAAUCGCCGCCGCGGCCUCCUCUGGUACGAUUCACUCAGAGAUAUGGCCACCGUCACAUCCAACACACCGCCUAAAUCCUUCUCCCUCUCCAUCUCCAACCCUCUCAAACCCCUAACCCCCAAAUCUCCAUCCCUCCGCUUUCCACCUCGCAACAGCCAUCACCACCACCGUUUAUCCAUAAACGCCGCCGUAUCACCACCGCCUCCAAACUCACCUUCACCGGACUACAGAUUCGAGAUCCUCUCCGAGUCCCUACCCUUCAUCCAAAAAUUCCGAGGCAAAACCAUCGUCGUCAAAUACGGCGGCGCGGCCAUGACCUCCCCGGAGCUCAAAGCCUCCGUCGUGAGCGACCUCGUCCUCCUCGCGUGCGUCGGCCUCCGCCCCAUCCUCGUCCACGGCGGAGGUCCCGACAUCAACCGCUACCUCAAACAGCUCAACAUCCCGGCCGAGUUCCGCGACGGGCUCCGCGUCACCGACGCCACCACGAUGGAGAUCGUCUCCAUGGUCCUCGUCGGAAAAGUGAACAAGAAUCUCGUUUCUCUGAUCAACGCCGCCGGAGCCACCGCGGUGGGGCUGUCGGGACACGACGGUCGUCUCCUCACCGCGCGGCCGGUUCCUAACUCGGAUCAGUUGGGGUUUGUCGGAGAAGUCGCGAGGGUUGACCCGAGCGUGCUGCGUCCGCUCGUUGGCUCCGGUUACAUUCCGGUGAUUGCCUCCGUGGCUGCUGAUGAAGCUGGUCAGGCUUAUAACAUCAAUGCGGACACCGUGGCGGGGGAGCUCGCGGCGGCGCUGGGAGCUGAGAAGCUGAUUCUGUUGACGGAUGUGGCGGGGAUAUUGGAGGAUAGAGAGGAUGUGGGGAGCUUGGUGAAGGAGAUUGAUAUAAAGGGAGUGAAGAAGAUGAUUGAAGAUGGGAAAGUUGGUGGUGGGAUGAUUCCUAAGGUGAAGUGUUGUAUAAGGUCUCUUGCACAGGGAGUGAAGACAGCUAGUAUUAUUGAUGGGAGGAGACAGCAUUCUCUGCUUCAUGAGAUUAUGUCUGAUGAAGGAGCUGGUACUAUGAUUACUGGGUGAUCCAAAAUCAAGUGAGAAUGCCCAUGAUUGUCUUAUGAGACUCUAAACAUUUUGUUGGCAGCUCUUGUGGUUCUAUGAUUAUGUCUUUAAAGUUUACGUUUUGGGAUAGAGAAAGCUAUCAUGAGUCUUAGAAAACAUUUUUGUUGGCAGCUCUUUUGGUUGUAUGAUUUUUCUUAGUCUUGAAAGUUUACGUUUUUGGAUACAAUAAGUUGUUCUGUUGCUUAGCUAUGUUACUGUUUAUAGAUU